ACACAUGCCACUAGCACUGGUGUCCGGUCAAGACGAUGGAAACGUUGUGUAGAGUAGGUGCCACCGUGUUGCACGGUAUCCUGGACAGCAUCAAGGGUAUCACGGUGAUCUUCUAUCUGGACAAGGAGGCUAACCGGAAGCUGUCCCAACCCACCACAAAACCGCUACUUCUGUCGGGAUCAACUCCCCGGACGAAGGAAAGCUUAUCAUCCCAGCCACGUACACCGUCAUCCAAUUCACUCGUUUCCAAGCGUAUCGAAGAAUCCAAGGUGCUAAAGCGUGUCCUUCAAUGCUCGCUACUAAACGGUGGCAUAUUUAUGCUGAGUAUCCUCUUCUUCGAGUAUGCCGUCCUGCCCGGAUUGCAUCUCUUCCUGUGGUAUCUGUUCCGCAACUCGACCACCAUGACAACCGUCUGGGGCUGGAUGCAACCGUCCCUUUCGCUGCUAUUUAACUCGUUCUGGGUUGCACCACUGUUCCUGCUCAGCAAGAUCGUCAACAGUCUGUGGUUUCAGGACAUUGCCGAUUCGGCGUACAAGUUCCGGAAGGGUCGUCCACAACUAAUCGCCAGCAUUAGUAAACUUAUUGCCGACACGCUGAUCAGUUUGCUGAUCCAGAUACUGUUCCUGCUGCAGAGCACACUGGUAAAGUACCUGCCCGUUCCGGUACCGUUUGCCUGUACCGCUAUCUAUAUGGUGCACAUGAGUCUGCUCUGCUCGCUGUACGCGUUUGAGUACAAGUGGUUCAAUAUGGGCUGGGAGUUGCACAAACGGUUAACUUACAUCGAACAGAACUGGCCUUACUUUUUGGGCUUUGGGCUACCGCUAGCUGUACUUUCCGAGCUGCCCAACUCGAUCGUCAUCAGUGGGUGUGUGUUUUCGGUCUUAUUUCCACUGUUCAUUAUCAGCGCUAAUGAGGCAACGCCGAAGGUAGAUGUGUGUGAAACGCCACUAAAGCUGUUCUCCAUCGUGGUUGCACUUACCAAUGCACUCUUCAGGGGUCGAGCGAAACCCAGUAAAGCGGCCCUAUCGCAACCACUUACACCCGGUAGUGCCGGUGCUGGAAGCAAUACUCGUGGCCUAACACCACCCCUCUCAUCGUCAGCAUCUGCUUUUAUGUUUCAACAGCAGCAACAAUAUCGACAACACAAUUCUCAAAAGCACCACCACCAACGAUCGCACCAUCGUCAACCGUCACCCUCUCCGUCGGCCGCAUCGUCAUCGUUUGCUUCCGUUCAAACGGCUCAGCUACAUCAGCAGCAAACCGUUCUAAAUCGACCGCUAAGGCGAUAGGGU